AUGCUCAACUUCAAUUACUGUGAACCUUACAAUGUUGCAACCACACAUGCAAUGAGCAUUCCAAUUAAGAAUGGGAAUGACAUUAAUGGUACACAUGGAUCAACUCCUGGAUCAUUAUCCAUGGCGUAUUUGUCGUCUUCCUUGAACUCAUCAUAUUCAUCUUCAAAUUAUUCCUUAACCAAAUUUGGAGGUUCAUUUAUUGAAAAAUGGAAAAAUUCAUUUGGAAGUGGAACGAUUCCAAGUACAAGUUUAGGUCAUAGUGGUGGAAGUAGUGGAAAUAUGACAGGAUAUUUCGAUGAUGUUGUAACCAUGAAUAAGAGACCAUCAGUUGUUUCAUUAAGAUCACCUUCUCCAGCUGUUGAAUUUGAAGACUAUUCUACUAAUGGGUUUCAACAAAUUACCAAACCAAUCAACAUUGUAAAUAAUCAUAACCAUAAUAACCAUAAUAACAAUAAUAACAGUAAUAAUAGUAGUUUGAGUAGUACCCCACUUCAACAACCAUUACAUCAACUGCUUUCAAUGACACCAAAUAGAUUAUCCAGAACCCAAUCGAUGUAUGAUUUAUACAAACAAGGAGGAGGAGGAGGAAUAGGAGGAAUAACAACGACCACAGCUACAGUCACAGGUAUAACUGGAGGCGGAUCUUUGAUUAUGAUGUCUAAUAUUAUGGAUGAGGAAGAUGAUUUAAUUGAACGGAAUAACAAUCAAUCAAGUCAAGCUAUUCCUACAUUAGAGAUCAAACGAACCAAGACUAGUGUUUUCACUCCAUUGAUUCAAGAUAACAUGGUUAAAAACAUUGGAGAACACGACCGAAGUUUAAUUAAACAGAAAUGUAAAUUAAUCAUGGAUAAUAAACCUAAAUAUGUCAAUGAAAACAAUGAGGAAAAUCACGUGUUGGAAGUUGAGAGUAAUGAUAUGAUUGAUGAAGGAAAUAAAGAAACAAGUACAAUUUUUAAGCAUAAGGGAUUAUUACCAAUAGUUGCAUUUAGUGAUGAAUUUAGACCAGAAUUUUCCGUUCAAUCGUGUCCAUUGAAUCCGAAAUUGGAACAACAAGUCAUGAAUAAUAUGAAGAAUGAUUUACUAUUUUAUCAGAAUAAUAAUUCAUAUGAAGAAAUUACAUCGAGGACGAUAUUUAUCAGUUUAAGAGCUAGAGAAAUAAAAUUAAUUGAAAUGAAUAUUAAAAAUGAUAAUAUUAACCAAGGAGGAAUAAAUAAUACUUAUAAGACCAAAAUCAAGAAAUUGUUUACUCCAUUGAAAAAUUCUGGUAAUAAAGAUAUGAUGAAUAAAAUUGGUGGGUUAUUUUAUGAUAUUAAUCAAUUGUUUAAUUUACAACAACGAAGUAAUGAAAUUUCAAAGAAGGAAUUUCAUGAUAAAUUGUGUAAUUUAGUGCUACAAUUAAUUGAAUCAUGA